CGUCACAGUCCCGACCUCCCACAGGUCACUUUGAAGGGAUGGAAGGAUUUUCGGAUCGACCAACAACUGGAGUUGCUGGAAGUCGACCAGUUUCCGGCUAUCCAGGGUCUCCGAUGGACCGGCCCAUGACUGGAGCCGGUGGAAAUCGACCCGUAUCCGGAUAUCCCGGAUCUCCUAUGGAUCGCCCGAUGACCGGCGUUGGCGGAGAGGGAGGUCCUGCUACCGGAUAUCCUGGAUCUCCGACGGACCGACCAAUGACUGGAGUCGGUGGAAGCCGUCCCGUGUCUGGAUAUCCCGGAUCUCCCAUGGACCGACCAAUGACUGGAGUCGGUGGAAGUCGUCCCGUGUCUGGAUAUCCCGGAUCUCCCAUGGACCGACCAAUGACUGGAGCCGGCGGAAAUCGACCCGUAUCCGGAUAUCCCGGAUCUCCUAUGGAUCGCCCGAUGACCGGCGUUGGCGGAGAGGGAAGUCCCGCUGCUGGAUAUCCUGGAUCCCCGAUGGACCGACCAAUGACUGGAGUCGGUGGAAGUCGCCCCGUGUCUGGAUAUCCUGGAUCUCCCAUGGAUCGGCCGAUUGACUGGAGUUGGCGGGGGAGCACGACCGAUCUCCGGAUAUCCGGGUUCUCCGAUGGACAGGCCAAUGACCGGGGUUGCCGGAAGUCGACCUGUAUCUGGAUAUCCCGGAUCCCCUGCGGAUCGACCGAUGACUGGAGCUGGAGGCAAUCGACCUAUAUCCGGAUAUCCUGGAUCGCCUGCGGAUCGACCAAUGACUGGAGCUGGUGGAAAUCGACCCGUGUCCGGGUAUCCUGGAUCGCCCACGGAUCGACCAAUGACUGGAGUUGGUGGUCCUGUAUCCGGAUACCCUGGGUCCCCAGAAGAUCAAACAAUGAGUGGGGCUGGUGGAGGCACGAGACCGGUUUCCGGAUAUCCUGGAUCUCCCGUGGAUCGACCGAUGACUGGAGUCGGUGGGAGCCGUCCCGUAUCCGGGUAUCCGGUGUACGGGCAGAACAGGCCCAUGACCGGUCAGCGGUUUCCCAUGGAUGACGAGGACUUCCCUGCAC